CGAAGGCAACAGCAACAUCUGGAGCAGCAGCAAAAACCCAAAACUAUUUGCACUCAACGGCGGCAACAAAUGUUGCUGCGGUGUUGCCUUGUGCUACUUACGGCUGCCAUUUGAUGGCGAUGUCGAUGUUUUUGCCCCAACAUCCAACAUCCUUGCCAGGACAGGAACCCAAAGUAUUCCUCGAUGCCGAGCUGUGCAAAUAUGGAGGCGCCUGGUGAUGUGUUUACAAGUUUGUGAAUUGUUGUCAUUGUCGUCAGCUGGCCGGGCUUCAGCUGGCUGUGGCUCCCCUCAAUCUUGGCCAGCACUCGGUGCUCAGUCUCAGCCCGCUUUUCAUUACCAAUUGCAGCGCCCCUGCACCCCUUCGCUGGCCCAAAAUGCAAACAUCAAUCAAGCUGCAUUAUGCAAAUAUUCGCUUGAAAGUUGCAACAAAAGCGCAUCGGGUUUGGGGAGAAGUGAAAGACGACAAAUGGGAAAUCGGAAAUGGGUUUGGGUUUGGACUGGGGCUUGGGUUCGGGUUCGGGUUCGGGAUUGGUGGACUAGUGAUUGGAGAGCAGCCUGUCAGACGUCAAAAAGCAGUUGCUAUCCGUUUCACCGCCUCCCAUAGACCAUCAUCCAUCGCCGCUGUCAGUUGCAUUACUAAGACAACAAGAGGAGGGUUCAUCAGUUACACUUCAAUGAAAUACUGAAUGGGAACGAAAACCAAGGCUCUGAUUGUUUCCUAAACGAUUCUUAAAUGUG